AUGCGGUUUCUCUCAUUUACUCUUGGCCUUCUAGGGUCAGCCAUCACUGCUUCGGCGACGAUGAUCCCAAACACCAGUGUCUUUCGCGAUGACGGCUUCACCGCGGUGAACCCCGGAAGCUUCAAGGACCUGGUUGUCACCGAUCAGAACACACUGAAUGGCACUCGCACGGGAGAUACUCUCGUCGUACCCUUGGCACAGGCAAAAACUGUCGCCCCCACACUCCCUCUACAGUUCGUCAAUAAUUUUGGCAGUGCCGUCAACGCGUACAUCUCAGGAUUGGACUCCAAGGGGGCUGUUGUAUUUGUUGCCGCGGAUGGUAGCUUGAUCUACCCCAGCUCUGGCGGUUCCGGUGUCCCUGUGAAGAUCACCCAGAACAUCAAGAUCCCAGUCGCCGCAGGCAAGACUCUCAGCAUGACCCUUCCCAUUUCCCUCACAUCUGGUAGAAUCUACUACUCUGUUGGUGAACUUUACUUUGGCAUCGUCAGCACCGGUAACGGCGAUGGCCUUGUUCAGCCAGCACCCAACAACCCCUCGGACCCCAGUGCUGCUAUCAACUGGGGCUUUGUUGAACUUACCCUGACAAGUGCUGGGGUACUCUAUGCCAACAUUAGCUAUGUUGACUUCCUAGGGCUGCCCUUGGGUAUGAAGCUUACUGUCAACGGAGGCGACACCCAGACAGCUUAUGGAGUUGCCGCCGGCGCCGUCACCAGUGUCUGCAACGACUUGGCCACCCAGAAGUCAAAGGACGGCCGUCCAUGGACCGCUCUCUGCCAGGCCAACUCAAAGGGUCCCGUCCGUGUUCUCUCCCCCACUCUAUACACCGACCUCGACUCCUCAAGCUUCCAGACCUACUGGGACUCGUACAUCAGCCAAGUCUGGUCCAAGUACACUUCCACCAACCUCGUUAUCGACACCCAGAACUCGGCCGGCAAGGUCAACUGCAGGGUUUCCGGCAGCACCCUGACGUGCGCCGGCGACAACCGCGGCUACAGCAAGCCCACCGCCCGCGACAUCUGGGGCUGCAACAGCGGGCCCUUCGGCAAGCAGGCGGGCGACAACGCCGUCCACCUCGCUGUUAUCCCGCGCCUCUGCGCCGCCUUUGUCCGGUCGACCCUGCUGCUCUCGGGUGGCAACGUCCAGCCCAGCCUCGGGCAGGCCAACUACUACACUGUGAGCCCGACUAACCACUACAGCCGCGUUGUGCACACAAAGGAGGUUGAUGGGAAGGGAUACGCCUUUGCCUAUGACGAUGUUAACCCCACUGGUACUGAGAAUGCGUCGGGGACUGUGGCUCAUGGCAGCCCCAAGACCCUGACUGUGUAUAUUGGAAGCCCUCCUUGA